UACAAAAGUGACUUCUAUUUUCUUCAUCUGUCAUUGAUAUAUAUAUAUAAAAAAAGGGGCCAUAUCACGUUUCAUUUGUCACAAGUACAUUGUCCUAUCGUUUCCAUUAUGAGUAACCGAGCUCAGAAACUCGUCGAUAACAAGAUAGCCAGUAAGAAGGUCAUGGUUUUCUCAAAAAAGUUUUGCCCAUUUUGUUCCAUGGCGAAAGAUGUAUUUCGAAAAUAUUUAGGAAAAGAGUUGGAUGCUAGCGACUAUGAAGUUUUAGAAAUUGACGGCGAAAAUGAUUGUGAUCAAAUUCAAGAUUAUUUAGGAACAAUGACCGGACAAAGCACGGUGCCUCGUGUUUUCAUCAAUGGUAAAUGCAUUGGCGGUGGCACUGAAACCGACAAACUACACAGACAAGGGAAACUCAAGACUCUACUCAACUGAACCAGAUGUCAAUCAUAUUACUCCAUGUGGAGUAAAAUAGUUGAAUAUCGCUUCAUAUCGCUCCACAUAUGUUAAUUUUGUUCCAGUUGAAAUUUGAAUACGGUGAUUUGGUUCUGUUUGUAAUCUCAUUCUGACUUGUAUUGCACUAAUUUAUUUCAUUCUACGUGUAUCUCACCUUACAAUGUACAUCUAGCCGUACAUGUAUUUCAUUCACAUACAGGUAUAUUUGUAUUUCUCUCACAUGUACAUAUACCUUUAACACAAUUUAAGCUAAUUGCUUACGGUCAGUUGAAGUUGAACGUUGCAAAUAUAUUUGAUUAUUACAAUAAAUCUUCAAAAAGUAA